CCUCGCAUUUCUAAUUCUUCUUCUUCUGCCGUCUCACUCAUCUUUCUCAUCUUCUCUGCUCAUUCCUAACACAAAUUGCUCAAACCAAAUGGGUAUCAAGGGUUUAACGAAGCUUUUGGCGGACAAUGCACCGAAAGCCAUGAAGGAGAAUAAAUUCGAGAGCUACUUUGGACGCAAGAUCGCCAUUGACGCCAGCAUGAGCAUUUACCAGUUCCUUAUUGUUGUGGGAAGAAUUGGAACUGAAAUGCUCACUAAUGAAGCUGGUGAAGUUACUAGUCAUUUGCAAGGCAUGUUUACAAGGACUAUCAGGCUUCUCGAAGCUGGGAUGAAACCAGUAUAUGUUUUUGAUGGGAAACCACCAGAGUUGAAGAAGCAAGAGCUGGCAAAACGUUUGACAAGGAGGGCUGAUGCUACCGAGGAUUUGUCUGAAGCCAAGGAGACAGCCAAUAAGGAAGACAUUGAAAAAUUCAGCAAACGGACUGUGAAGGUGACAAAGCAGCAUAAUGAAGACUGCAAAAAGCUUUUAAGACUCAUGGGAGUGCCCGUUGUUGAGGCACCUUCAGAAGCAGAGGCUCAGUGUGCUUCUCUUUGUAAAGCUGGAAAGGUUUAUGCUGUAGCUUCAGAAGAUAUGGAUUCUUUAACAUUUGGAGCUCCUAAAUUUCUUCGCCAUUUAAUGGAUCCCAGCUCCAAAAAGAUUCCAGUGAUGGAAUUUGACAUUAGCAAGGUUUUGGAGGACCUACAAUUGAGCAUGGACCAAUUUAUUGACCUAUGCAUUCUUUCUGGGUGUGAUUAUUGUGAAAGCAUUCGAGGUAUUGGAGGAACAACAGCUUUGAAGCUAAUACGUCAACAUGGUUCUAUUGAGAUGAUACUGGAGAAUAUAAACAAAGAAAGCAGGUACCACAUUCCAGAUGAUUGGCCAUAUCAGGAGGCCCGACGGCUUUUUAAAGAACCAUUGGUCAUAACUGAAGACGAGCAACUUAAUCUGAAGUGGUCUGCUCCAGAUGAAGAAGGGUUAGUAACAUUUCUGGUAAAUGAGAAUGGAUUCAACAUUGAUAGGGUGACAAAGGCAAUUGAAAAAAUUAAAGCAGCAAAGAACAAGUCGUCACAAGGCCGAUUGGAAUCAUUUUUCAAGCCUACAGCAAAUCCAUCUGUACCCAUUAAACGGAAGGAAAGCAAAUGCAUGCUUAAAUCUUUCAAACCAGAUAUUGAGCAUAAGAUGUUCUCUCUGCAAACUUUUAACUGUUCAAGGCCCAUGGUUAGUGGCAAGUUAAGCUUGCCAAAACAUAAUCUGGGUUCCAAGCACCACGUGUCAUUGUCAUUAUUUAGAGGUGUCUGCUUUGGUGCCUGAAGCUGAUUAGCCCUGGUGAACCUUCAAAGAAACACCACAAGCUAAUGCUAAAGAGAGUAACAAAAAGACUAAAGCCACUGUUGCUAAGAAGAAGAAAUAGUUGGCAGCGUCUAGAAGAUACUGGCCAAACCAGAGUUAAUCAGGUUAGAGUAGCUUUGCAUCAUGGAGGUUUGAUUUGCAGUACUGAAAUUUAGUCCUCCAAAGUGUAAAAUACUAAUGUUAAGUAUAUUUUUGGAAUUUGACUAAUUUAUGCUAGAAUUUUGCUUCCUAUAAUGCCAAUCUGUGGUGCUACUUAAUUAGUCCAUCGUUACGUAACAACAAAAAUGAUUCGAAGAAAAAUAACACUGAAUUUCAGUUUA